GUGGUCCCAUUGGAAUAUAGUGACUUCAACUCCCCACCCAAAAAUUAUCAGUCGGACCGGGGUUUUCAACUUCCAUAUAAGCUCCUUGCAUCUGCUUAGUCGGAUCAAAGGUAUACAACCGAAGAAGCUUUGAAGAACUGUGGCAAUGGAAGCCAAAGCAGAAGAGCAGCAGCUAUCUCAGGUUUACGGGCACCGACAAGUUGGCCUGAAGAGCCUUUUGCAGAGUGAUGCUCUUUACCAGUAUAUCCUGGAGACUAGUGUGUAUCCUAGAGAGCCUGAACCCAUGAAGGAGAUCAGAGAGAGAACCGCCAAGCAUCCAUUGAAAGCCAUGGCAAUAUCAGUUGAUGAAGGCCAGUUCUUGAACAUGCUUCUGAAGUUGAUCAAUGCCAAGAACACCAUGGAGAUCGGUGUUUACACCGGCUACUCUCUCUUAACCACGGCCCUUGCUCUCCCCGAGGAUGGAAAGAUCUUGGCCAUGGAUAUUAACAGAGAAAACUACGAGCUGGGUCUGCCAGUUAUCCAAAAAGCUGGUGUUGCACACAAAAUUGUUUUCAAAGAAGGACCUGCAAUGCCGGUUCUUGAUGAAUUAGUCAAAGAUGAAAAGAAGCAUGCAUCCUUUGACUUCAUCUUUGUGGAUGCUGAUAAGGACAACUACAUAAACUACCACAAGCGGCUGAUUGAGCUGGUGAAAGUUGGUGGUUUGAUCGGCUACGACAACACCCUGUGGAACGGCUCGGUGGUGGCGCCACCCGAUGCUCCUCUCCCGAAGUAUGUUAGGGAUAACAGAGACUUUAUUUUGGCACUCAACAAGGCUCUAGCUGUUGACCCCAGGAUCGAGAUUUGCAUGCUUCCUGUUGGUGAUGGAAUCACCCUUUGCCGUCGCAUCAAAUGAACCACCUUCAUCUCCGCCGCUGCCAUCACCGCCGCCCUCCAAGUUUGAUCACCUCUCGUUCUGCGAAAGACGUCUUCUGUUUUCAACUCUCCUCUUUCAUAAUUUUUAUCUUUUUUUCACAGAAAA